AUGCUGCUUCGAGUUAAUAGAUGUACCCUUGACUUUUAUUGGACACUUCCAAAGAAGUGGAGUGUCCGAACUUCUGCAAACUCCAACGAUUCCAUGAGCCCAGUUAACGGAAACGGGACACAUUGCAGAGGGCACAGUGAAACUAAUUCAUUAGACAGAGGACUAACUUUAGCUAAAACAUUGAAAGCUGGACCAUUCCCACCUCCUUGCAAUAAGUCAAACUCACUAAAAAGACCUACAGAAACUGAGGGCGAAGAAAAAGAAAGAAACUCUGCAGCAGCAGGCGUAAUUAUGCAAAUUAUAACAGGAAUAUUAACUGAUGAAAUUCCUACCGAAACUCUUGAACCAAUAACGUCCGGCUCUUCUUCAAUUUCUUCACCCAGUUCACAUGUUUCGAAAGAAAAGAAAAAUGAAACUGAGACGGAGAGAAGCUCAUACAUCGAUAACUUGAAUGCGCAUUGUGCUCAAGAAGACAUAGUUUCCGAGUUCGAAUCUCGAAUGCCUUCCACCUCUUUGUCAUCAUCUAUUGAUCCGAUUACACGAGAUGUUGAGAGAAGGAUGAGUAUGAAACGUGAUGGUACACUGAAUGAUUCAAUUUGUGACGAUGGAAAUCCUGAUAGGUUUUCGAAAACACGCUUCACCGUAGACCAUGCCAAAUCAUUAGCUCAAAACUAUGGAGCUAUUGCCUCAGGCUUUUUCCGUGGAGCUCUGCAGAAAGUGAAGCGAGCCGGUCAUUUAGGAUCUACUACUACUAAAGGUGUAGAUGAAGACACAACAGAUAGUGAAGGAGAGCAAAAUAGUGAAGGAGAGCAAAGUGAUGGAGGUGUUCCUGGCCGCAACUUUGGAAGAUCAAUAGUGAGACCUAGAAAAGCGAAAAAAGGACCAUUCGAUUUCGAACAACUGAAAGUUGAACAGGAAAUAAAUAAUGAACAUACUGGUGCUGUUUGGUGCAUCCGCUUCUCAGUGUGUGGUCGUCUUAUAGCAACUGCAGGGCAAGAUGCAAUCAUACGGGUCUGGGCUGUUCGGAGCCAUAUAAAGUAUUUUCAAGAAAUGCGUGACAGAUAUCAGCAAAAGACUGAUACUUGCGGCACAUCAUCUGGUGUCUUUGACUCGACCGUGAACGACAUGGCUUCCUUUAGACCUCCUAGUUCUUCUGAAAAUCCUCCCACUGAGUCUCUGGACGAUACCGAGGAUUAUACUACGUUAAUGGCUGAGAAGCCUUUUGCUGUAUUCAAGGUGACAACUAUUUUCCAAGUUACACGCUGA